GUGAAGUACACCCCGGAUUCCUCAGGAAGCCCCUGAGCCAACGUUUUUCAACGACGUUCAAAUGGCAAUUGAUCUCUCCUUUGCCAUCUCCCCGGCGCCCUGCUCGACCUCAUCAGGUGCUUUACCGCUCGCGGCACCGUGAAACCCGUCAAACCCCUUACGCCUCCCCGAUUGCUUUCUCCCACACCUACCCGACCACACCACCCACUCCUACGACGAUUACACUCUCGGCACCAUGGCGGACGCCCGCGCCCUUCUCCGCGCCCACCGCGCCGAGAACCGCAUCAAGCAUCCACACGCGGCCUACUCGGACGCCGGGAAGCUGCUAUGCAAGCUGUGCCACGAACCCGUCAAGUCGGAGAGCCUGUGGGACGGGCACAUCCGCGGCCCGAGUCACAAGAAGAAGCUGCAGGCCCUACAGCAGAUUGUGACCGCUCCCUCGCAGGAGAGCCACGGCGCCGGCAAGCGUAAACACGGCGAUGUGGACGAGGACAUGUCUGACGUCGACGCCGACGUGGCGGAUGUUGAGGAGACGAUACGAAAGAAGCGCAGCAAGAUCGACAUGGGGGGCGACAAUGGCGAGAGGGAGACGGAGAGGAAGGAGAAGACGGAGACGCCCCCUCUGCUGAGCCGCCGGACCUCCCAGCCUCCUGUUCAAGGCGUUGAGAUCGCGAUACCCUCCCGGCCCGCCACGCCCGCCGCCGGCUCCAACUCGGCUACGUCGACGCCCAAAGCCGGGCCUCCCGGGCGCUCACCGCUCACGGGGUCGGAUGUCACCUCCACACCCACAUCUACGUCUACGCCCACCUCGCUACAACUGCAGCAGGCAUCACUCCCCAUCUCGACACAAUCCCUCGCCGUGCCACCGAUCGCCGCCACCACCCCCGUCACCUCGUCAGCUACGGCCGCUACACCUACACUACUUGCCGCAGAAAGGGCAGGCGGAGCCGCUACCUCGGUAGACGAAGCCGAAUGGGCGGCCUUUGAGGCUGAGAUUGCCGCCGCCGACCCGCAAGCGGUGCCGGCGGAUCCUUCCGCGCCGACGCGCUACGGGGCUGACGUCACGAUCUCGGCGCCGGCGCUGACGGCCGCGCAGCUCGCCGCCCGGUCCCAGGAGGAGGAAAACGAGCGGCGGAAGCAGCUGCUGGACGCGGAGAUAGCGGACGAGCGCGAGGACGCGACGCGCGCGCUCGAGGCCGAGUUCGAGGAGAUGGAGGAGCUCGAGGGCCGCGUCCGGCGGCUCAAGGCGCGCCGCGAGGAGCUGCGGCGAGCCAGGAGCGGCAGCGGGGGUGGAGACGGGGACGGCGCCGUCUCCGCCGCGGCAGCGGCGACGACGAUGGCGAAGAACCCGCUCAAGAGCGGACCCGACGGGAAGGAGAACAACGACGACGGGGUUGAGGGCACGCAAGGCGCCGACGCCGAGGACGAUGACGAUGACGAGGACGAGGACGAUUACGACGAGGACGAGGACGAAGACGGCUGGGACGCGUUCCGGUUCCGGUGAGAGCGCAGCGCUGAAGCACGCGCGGGUUUACACCGGCCCCUCUGCCCCACCCACAACUCACCAGCCAGCGCACACCAUCAUCCACGCACCGCUAUCCGCUGUUCCAGGGCCGACACGAAUCCAGUGCUUGCGGCGUGGGGGGGGGGAGGC